AUGGCUGUUGCAGUAAGUUUAGCUCAUCACUCAUUUACCAGAAAGAAAACAGAUGAAGCUAAAAGAACUAACUUCACCCUUGCUGAACUAGGAAUUUGUGAGCCCUCUCCCCACCGAAGUGGCUACUGCUCAGACAUGGGAAUACUUCAUCAAGGCUAUUCCCUCAGCACUGGGUCCGAUGCUGACUCAGAUACAGAGGGAGGAAUGUCUCCGGAGCAUGCCAUACGACUGUGGGGGAGAGGGAUUAAAUCCAGGCGCAGUUCCGGUCUGUCAAGCCGUGAGAAUUCUGCCCUCACCCUGACUGACUCUGACAAUGACAAUAAAUCAGAUGAGGAAAACGAUUUUCAUACUCAACUUUCUGAGACAUUGAAAGACAGACAGACUGGCUGGCAGCAGCUGGCUGAAACAAAGAACUCUCUAAUACGUCGUCCCAUUCCACCUACAUCCUCGUCUAGCCUUCUCCCAUCCGCUCAACUGCCCAGUUCCCAUAAUCCACCACCAGUUAGCUGCCAGAUGCCCUUGCUAGACAGCAAUACUUCCCAUCAGAUCAUGGAUACCAACCCUGAUGAGGAGUUCUCCCCAAAUUCAUACCUGCUAAGAGCAUGCUCAGGGCCACAGCAGACUUCCAGCAGUGGCCCUUCAAAUCAUCACAGCCAGUCAACUCUGAGACCACCUCUUCCACCACCUCACAAUCAUACUCUGUCCCACCAUCAUUCCUCUGCCAACUCCCUCAACAGGAAUUCCCUCACGAAUCGGCGGAACCAGAUCCAUGCACCAGCUCCUGCACCAAAUGAUCUGGCCACAACUCCUGAAUCCGUUCAGUUACAAGACAGCUGGGUGCUUAACAGCAAUGUGCCGCUCGAGACCAGGCAUUUUUUGUUCAAGACAUCUUCUGGAACAACUCCUCUGUUCAGUAGUUCUUCCCCUGGAUACCCUUUGACCUCAGGAACAGUUUACACACCACCUCCCAGACUGUUACCUAGAAAUACUUUCUCCAGAAAUGCAUUCAAGCUGAAAAAGCCCUCCAAGUACUGUAGCUGGAAAUGUGCUGCUUUAUCAGCUAUUGCUGCUGCAAUCUUGCUUGCCAUAUUGCUGGCCUAUUUCAUUGCAAUGCAUAUGCUUGGGCUUAACUGGCAGCUACAACCGGCAGAUGGACACACCUUUAACAAUGGGAUAAGGACUGGAUUGCCAGGUUCUGAUGAUGUAGCAACAAUGCCAUCUGGAGGUAAAGGACCUUGGGCCACUAGAAACAACAGCAUAGAUAGUGGGGAGGCCGAGAUCGGACGGAGGGUCAGUCAGGAAGUACCACAAGGAGUAUUCUGGAGAUCACAAAUCCAUAUCAUACAGCCCCAAUUCCUGAAAUUCAAUAUCUCCUUAGGGAAAGAUGCUCUUUUUGCUGUCUAUAUAAGAAGAGGACUCCCUCCAUCACAUGUUCAGUAUGAUUUUAUGGAACGUUUGGAUGGGAAAGAGAAAUGGAGUGUGGUGGAGUCCCCACGAGAGCGUCGAAGUAUCCAAACUCUUGUUCAGAAUGAAGCUGUAUUUGUUCAGUACCUGGAUGUGGGGUUGUGGCACCUUGCCUUUUACAAUGAUGGCAAAGAUAAAGAAGUGGUAUCUUUCAAUACGGUUAUCUUGGCCGCACCGCCUCCUCCACGCUCCACCCCGACUGUGAGCGCUCCUCCGAAGCGUCCCGCUUCCACCGCUCCUCCUCAGCGUCCUUCGGCUGAAGGCGCUACUCCAGCAGAGACCCAGGUGCCGCCUUCUUCCCCAGCCAAAACACGGGAGAAGCGCAAGCACACGGGUUCAGAUAAGCCUUCCGCUCAUGAAACGGAGGAUCGAGGAAAUGCCAUUCGACGGUACCGGGUUAUUCCAUCAGAAAACCGACCGCAAGUUAAAAGCGAUACACGAAUCGCGUAUGACCGUGCCGCAUGGAGCUUCCUCAACAGAGGCAUAAGUGGCAAGGGCCUCGUUCCUCUUACCGUCCACAAUUCUACCCUCGGCAACACUACCAACAAAGACAGCAAUGGCGAAGACAACAGCCGCAGCAAUGUUUCCCCCAGGGCCAGCGGCACUUCGACGCUGACAAACGUCCACAUUGACGCUGCGUGCCCGGUUCUGUGCAGUGGCAACGGACAAUACACCAAAGGAGCCUGUUUGUGCUACAGUGGCUGGAAAGGGCCAGAGUGUGAUGUACCCGUCAGCCAGUGUAUUGAUCCUUCAUGCGGAGGCCACGGUUCGUGCAUGGAAGGAAACUGUGUCUGCUCUGUUGGCUACAAAGGUGAAAACUGUGAGGAAGUUGAUUGCUUGGAUCCCUCCUGCUCCAACCAUGGUGUCUGUGUAAAUGGAGAGUGCCUUUGCAGCCCAGGCUGGGGAGGCUUAAAUUGUGAACUUCCACGUGCUCAGUGUCCAGACCAGUGUAGUGGGCAUGGCACAUACCUUUCUGACACAGGCCUCUGUAAUUGUGAUCCCAACUGGAUGGGUCCUGACUGCUCUGUGGAAGUGUGUUCCGUAGACUGUGGCACUCAUGGUGUCUGCAUUGGCGGAGCAUGUCGCUGCGAGGAGGGCUGGACAGGAGUGGCCUGUGACCAACGUGUCUGCCAUCCCCGUUGCACAGAGCACGGCACUUGUAAAGAUGGGAAAUGUGAAUGCCGAGAGGGCUGGAAUGGGGAGCACUGCACCAUUGAUGGCUGCCCUGAUUUGUGCAAUGGCAAUGGGAGAUGCACACUCGGUCAGAACAGCUGGCAGUGUGUCUGCCAGACCGGCUGGAGAGGGCCUGGAUGCAAUGUUGCUAUGGAAACCUCCUGUGCUGAUAACAAGGAUAAUGAGGGAGAUGGCCUUGUUGACUGCCUUGAUCCAGACUGCUGCCUCCAGUCAACUUGUCAGAACAGCCUGCUCUGCCGUGGCUCACGUGAUCCUCUAGACAUUAUACAACAAAGUCACUCUAGUUCACCAACUGUAAAGUCAUUCUAUGAUCGAAUCAAGCUCUUAGUGGGAAAAGACAGCACUCAUAUAAUCCCAGGGGAAAAUCCCUUCAACAGCAGUCUUGUAUCUCUUAUAAGAGGCCAAGUGGUGACUGCAGAUGGAACUCCACUCGUCGGAGUCAAUGUGUCAUUUGUCAAGUAUCCCAAGUACGGUUAUACCAUCACUCGCCAGGAUGGCACGUUUGACUUGAUAGCAAAUGGAGGAGCAUCUCUAACUUUACAUUUUGAACGAGCCCCAUUCAUGAGCCAAGAGAGGACGGUAUGGUUGCCAUGGAACAGCUUCUAUGCCAUGGAUACACUUGCAAUGAAGACUGAAGAAAAUUCCAUUCCUAGCUGUGACUUAAGUGGCUUUAUCCGGCCUGACCCUGUUAUUAUUUCAUCACCACUUUCCACAUUCUUCAGUGAUGCUCCUGGUCGAAAUCCUAUUGUUCCAGAGACCCAGGUUCUUCAGGAAGAAAUUGAAGUCCCAGGUGCCAACAUAAAACUCUGCUAUCUGAGUUCCCGUACUGCUGGAUACAAAUCUUUGCUUAAAAUCACCAUGACACAGUCUCUCGUGCCUCUGAACUUAAUUAAAGUUCAUCUGAUGGUGGCAGUGGAAGGACAUCUUUUCCAAAAGUCAUUCCAAGCAUCUCCCAAUUUAGCAUACACUUUCAUUUGGGACAAAACAGAUGCUUAUGGUCAGAAGGUUUAUGGGCUCUCCGAUGCUGUAGUGUCUGUGGGAUUUGAAUACGAGACCUGUCCCAGCCUGAUUUUAUGGGAGAAAAGGACGGCUCUGCUGCAAGGAUUUGAACUUGAUCCCUCAAAUAUAGGGGGGUGGUCUUUGGAUAAGCAUCAUGUGCUUAAUAUAAAAAGAGGUAUUCUGCACAAAGGCAAUGGAGAGAAUCAGUUUCUAACUCAGCAGCCUGCUGUGAUCACCAGCAUCAUGGGGAACGGUCGUCGAAGGAGUAUCUCAUGUCCAAGUUGCAAUGGACUCGCAGAGGGCAAUAAACUUCUGGCCCCUGUGGCACUUGCUGUAGGAAUCGAUGGAAGCCUCUUUGUUGGGGAUUUCAACUACAUUCGUCGCAUUUUCCCCUCUAGAAAUGUCACCAGCAUUUUGGAAUUAAGAAAUAAAGAAUUUAAACAUAGCAACAACCCUGCCCACAAGUACUACUUGGCUGUGGAUCCAGUUUCGGGCUCGCUUUAUGUAUCAGAUACCAACAGCCGUCGUAUUUACAGAGUCAAAACGCUUACUGGUGCAAAAGACCUAUCUAGUAACUCUGAAGUGGUGGCAGGGACUGGGGAGCAGUGUCUGCCGUUUGAUGAGGCCAGAUGUGGUGAUGGAGGGAAAGCAGUGGAUGCAACUUUAAUGAGUCCACGAGGAAUUGCAGUGGAUAAAUAUGGCCUGAUGUAUUUUGUUGAUGCUACAAUGAUCCGGAAGGUUGAUCAGAAUGGAAUCAUAUCAACUCUGCUGGGUUCUAAUGACCUAACUGCUGUUCGGCCAUUAAGCUGUGAUUCAAGCAUGGACGUUACGCAGGUGCGUCUGGAGUGGCCAACUGACCUAGCUGUUAAUCCAAUGGAUAACUCUCUGUAUGUACUGGAGAACAAUGUCAUUUUGAGAAUCACUGAGAACCAUCAGGUUAGCAUCAUUGCUGGCCGUCCGAUGCACUGCCAGGUUCCUGGUAUAGACUACUCCCUCAGUAAACUGGCCAUUCAUUCUGCAUUGGAGUCAGCCAGCGCCAUUGCCAUUUCUCACACUGGAAUUCUUUAUAUCAGUGAGACAGAUGAGAAAAAAAUUAAUCGGCUUCGCCAGGUCACCACCAAUGGAGAGAUUUGUCUUCUGGCUGGGGCUGCUUCAGACUGUGACUGCAAAAAUGAUGUCAACUGUAAUUGCUAUGCUGGUGAUGAUGCUUACGCUACUGAUGCCAUCCUAAAUACCCCAUCUUCCUUGGCUGUAGCACCAGAUGGCACCAUUUACAUAGCUGAUCUUGGAAACAUACGUAUCAGGGCCGUCAGCAAAAACAAACCCGUUCUUAAUUCUUUCAACCAAUAUGAAAUUGCAUCUCCAGGAGAACAAGAACUCUAUGUCUUCAACAUCGAUGGCAUCCACCAGUAUACCCUCAGCCUUGUUACGGGAGAAUAUCUGUAUAAUUUCACCUAUAGUGCCGAUAAUGACGUGAUCGAGGUGAUUGACAACAAUGGCAACUCUUUAAAAAUUCGUCGGGAUACAAAUGGAGCACCACGUCAUUUUCUAAUGCCUGACAAUCAAAUUGUGACUCUUACUGUUGGCACAAAUGGUGGUCUUAAAAUAGUGUCAACCCAGACCUUGGAACUUGGAUUAAUGACUUACCAUGGGAACAGUGGUCUCUUGGCAACAAAAAGUGAUGAGACGGGAUGGACAACCUUUUAUGAUUAUGACCAUGAAGGACGCCUGACCAAUGUAACCCGUCCAACUGGUGUAGUAACCAGCCUUCAUCGGGAAAUGGAAAAAUCUAUUACUAUAGAUAUCGAAAACUCCAAUCGAGAUGAUGAUGUCACAGUGAUUACCAACCUCUCCUCCGUGGAAGCAUCCUAUACAGUAGUUCAAGAUCAAGUGAGGAACAGCUAUCAGCUCUGCAAUAACGGCACCCUGAGGGUGAUGUAUGCCAAUGGAAUGAGUAUUAGCUUCCACAGUGAACCGCAUGUCCUCGCUGGAACUGUGACCCCAACAAUAGGAAGAUGUAACAUUUCACUGCCAAUGGAGAAUGGCUUAAAUUCAAUAGAAUGGCGCCUCCGAAAGGAACAAAUCAAAGGAAAAGUUACUGUGUUUGGAAGAAAACUCAGGGUACAUGGAAGGAAUUUGCUGUCAAUUGAUUAUGACCGAAACAUUCGUACAGAGAAAAUAUAUGAUGAUCACCGGAAGUUUACACUCCGUAUUAUUUAUGAUCAGCUGGGGCGCCCUUUUCUCUGGCUACCCAGCAGUGGGCUUGCUGCUGUGAACGUCUCUUAUUUCUCCAACGGACGGCUGGCUGGACUUCAGCGUGGUGCCAUGAGUGAAAGAACAGAUAUUGACAAGCAAGGGAGGAUUGUUUCUCGCAUGUUUGCAGAUGGAAAAGUAUGGAGCUACACAUAUUUAGAAAAGUCCAUGGUUCUACUACUUCAGAGUCAGCGGCAGUACAUCUUUGAAUAUGACUCUUCAGACCGUCUGCAUGCUGUCACUAUGCCAAGCAUAGCACGGCACAGUAUGUCCACUCACACAUCUAUCGGCUAUAUUCGAAAUAUUUAUAAUCCUCCUGAGAGCAAUGCCUCAGUGAUUUUUGAUUACAGUGAUGAUGGGAGGAUUUUGAAAACAUCUUUUUUAGGAACUGGUCGACAAGUUUUCUACAAAUAUGGGAAAUUAUCCAAGUUGUCGGAGAUCGUGUAUGAUAGCACAGCAGUGACUUUUGGAUAUGAUGAAACCACAGGAGUUCUCAAGAUGGUUAACCUACAGAGCGGUGGCUUUUCUUGUACCAUCCGCUAUCGUAAAAUUGGCCCUCUGGUUGACAAACAGAUUUACAGAUUCUCUGAGGAAGGUAUGGUCAAUGCAAGAUUUGAUUAUACCUAUCAUGAUAAUAGUUUUCGAAUUGCUAGUAUCAAGCCUAUAAUAAGUGAGAUACCUCUUCCAGUUGACCUUUAUCGUUAUGAUGAAAUCUCAGGCAAAGUAGAGCACUUUGGCAAAUUUGGGGUAAUCUAUUAUGAUAUAAAUCAAAUAAUCACCACAGCUGUGAUGACCCUGAGCAAACACUUUGAUACACAUGGACGCAUUAAAGAAGUUCAGUAUGAAAUGUUCCGAUCACUCAUGUAUUGGAUGACGGUGCAAUAUGACAGCAUGGGAAGGGUAACUAAGAGAGAAUUGAAACUUGGGCCUUAUGCUAAUACAACUAAAUAUACCUACGAUUAUGAUGGAGAUGGGCAGCUCCAGAGUGUAGCUGUCAAUGAUAGACCAAACUGGCGUUAUAGUUAUGAUCUAAAUGGCAAUUUGCAUCUGUUGAACCCUGGAAACAGUGUCCGCUUGAUGCCACUGCGCUAUGAUCUCAGAGAUAGGAUUACACGCUUGGGUGAUAUGCAGUAUAAAAUUGACGAUGAUGGUUUUCUAUGUCAAAGAGGCUCUGACAUAUUUGAGUACAAUUCCAAAGGCCUCUUAACAAGAGCUUACAAUAAAGCAAAUGGAUGGAGUAUUCAGUACCGUUAUGAUGGAGUAGGAAGACGGGCAUCUUACAAGACUAACUUGGGACACCACCUUCAGUACUUUUAUGCUGAUCUUCACAACCCAACCAGAGUAACACAUGUGUAUAAUCAUUCAAAUUCAGAAAUUACCUCUCUUUACUAUGAUCUGCAAGGUCAUCUUUUUGCUAUGGAAAGCAGCAGUGGAGAAGAAUACUAUGUUGCUUCAGAUAACACAGGUACACCGCUGGCAGUGUUCAGUAUCAAUGGCUUAAUGAUCAAGCAACUGCAGUACACAGCAUAUGGGGAGAUUUAUCAUGAUUCUAACCCUGACUUCCAAAUAGUCAUUGGAUUUCAUGGAGGACUGUACGAUCCCUUAACAAAACUGGUUCAUUUUACUCAAAGAGAUUAUGAUGUUUUGGCUGGACGCUGGACCUCCCCGGACUAUACUAUGUGGAAAAACAUUGGUAAGGAACCUGCCCCAUUCAACUUGUAUAUGUUCAAGAGCAACAAUCCACUCAGCAAUGAACUGGAUUUAAAGAACUAUGUGACAGAUGUGAAGAGCUGGUUAGUGAUGUUUGGCUUUCAGCUCAGCAACAUAAUACCUGGUUUCCCAAGAGCAAAAAUGUACUUUGUGCCACCUCCUUAUGAACUGUCAGAGUCUCAGGCAUGUGAAAAUGGACAGUUAAUUACUGGAGUGCAACAAACAACAGAGAGGCACAACCAAGCAUUCAUGGCCCUUGAGGGACAAGUCAUAUCCAAAAGACUACAUGCCAAUAUUAGAGAGAAAGCAGGCCACUGGUUUGCAACCACGACUCCCAUUAUUGGCAAGGGGAUCAUGUUUGCAGUGAAGGAGGGCAGAGUGACCACAGGAGUGUCAAGCAUCACAACAGAAGACAGUCGAAAGGUUGCCUCGGUGCUUAACAAUGCCUACUACCUGGAGAAGAUGCACUACAGCAUCGAAGGAAAGGACACCCACUAUUUUGUCAAGAUCGGCUCCUCCGAUAGUGACCUUGUCACCCUGGCUAUGACCAGUGGGCGUAAGGUCCUGGACAGUGGAGUCAAUGUGACGGUGUCUCAGCCAACCCUCCUAAUCAAUGGAAGGACUCGAAGGUUUACAAAUAUUGAAUUCCAAUACUCCACCUUGCUUAUUAACAUACGUUAUGGCCUGACUCCUGACACACUGGAUGAAGAGAAGGCGAGAGUGCUGGACCAAGCUCGGCAGCGAGCCUUGGGGUCAGCCUGGGCCAAAGAGCAGCAGAAGGCGCGGGAUGGCAAAGAGGGCAGCCGCCUGUGGACUGAAGGAGAGAAGCAGCAGCUUUUGAGCACAGGGAGGGUUCAAGGUUAUGAGGGAUACUAUGUGCUCCCCGUAGAGCAGUACCCAGAGCUGGCAGACAGUAGCAGCAACAUCCAAUUCUUAAGACAGAAUGAAAUGGGAAAGAGGUAACAAAUUAACCUGCUGUCAUCCUUGCUUGGAUGAAUCAGUAGUUACAACUGUUAUCUCCUCUCCUAAGGAGAUGAAGACCAACGGGGCACUCGGCUGAGCUACUUUGGGAUAAUAAGUGGCAAGAAAGCUCACAUUUUUUGAGUUCAAUGCUGCUGUCCAAGUGAUUAAAAUCCACAUCCUGAAGUGGACAAGAGCCAGACUGAAAACUUUAAACCAUGCCAAUUCCAAGGUACCCCAUAAAUAUUACCCACUUGUUCUGGGUCUAAAGAAAAAUAA